CACAGUCAUCCUCCUCUGCCCAUCCCGUUUCCCCCAUCCACUGUUCGCCUCGCCUUCCGUCAAUGCUCGCUCUCUCCAGCAAGCCUUUAGCCCCGCCUCCCUCACUCGCACCGCAGACCCCCCCUCUCGCCUCCACAACCGCACAUCGCGUCUCCUUCCGCCGAUUAUUCGUCGCACUUCCGCCAUCCACGUGUCACCGUCGAGCAGCGCCUCUCAUGGCAGCCACAGCGCCGUCGGCGGUGCCGGCUAUCCGUCUGUCGAGCGGCUACGACAUGCCGGUGGUGGGGAUGGGCGUGUGGCGCGCGGACAAGGGCCGGCUCGGCGCGCUUAUCAAGGAGGCCGUGCGGCUCGGAUACCGCCACUUCGACUGCGCUGCGGACUACGGCAACGAGGCGGAGGUGGGGGAGGCGCUAUCUGCGGUGCUGGCGGAGGGGGCGGUGAGGCGCGAGGAGCUGUUCGUGACAAGCAAGCUGUGGAACAGCGACCACGCGCACGUGCGGGCGGCGUGCGAGCAGUCGAUUAAAGACCUCCGCGUGGGGUACCUGGACCUGUACCUCGUGCACUUCCCCAUCGCCACCAAACACACCGGCAUUGGCAGCACGAGCAGUGCGAUGGCGGCAGAUGGCAUGCUGGACAUGGACAUCUCAGUGCCGCUGCACACCGUGUGGUCGCACAUGGAGGCGCUCGUGGCCGAUGGGCUCGUGCGCUCCAUCGGCAUCAGCAACUACGACGUCUACCUUACCCGUGACUGCCUGGCGUACGCCAGCCGCGUGAAGCCAGCAGUGAACCAGGUGGAGACGCACCCCUACUUCCAGCGCCCCUCGCUGCUCCAGUUCUGCUCCAAGUUCGGCGUGACGGUGACGGCCCACACGCCCCUGGGAGGGGGGGCUGCCAACGAGGAGCUUUUCCACUCCAAGUCCCCCCUCUCCGACCCCCUUGUGCUGGAGCUGGCUGAGAAGCACAAGAAGACAGCGGCACAGGUGGUGCUGCGGUGGGGCACGCAACGCAACACGGUGGUCAUUCCCAAGUCCAAUCGCGAGGACCGCCUCGCCGAGAACAUUGCGAUAUUUGACUUCGAGCUGGACGCUGAUGAUAUGAAGAGGAUGGAGGCCCUUGAUGCCAAGGCUAGGAGCAACAACCCGGCUUCGUUUUGGGGCAUUGAUCUGUAUGCAUAAUUGAUUUGUAAUGAAGUCAUACCGUAUAUAUUCGCAUGCUCGACGAUUUAGCAUCUAACCAAUGAUUGC